AAUGCGGCCCCUCCCCCCCCCCGGCUCAGCGACGCUGACAGGGCUCGGGCCGCAAACAUGGCGGCCGCCGUUAGGCGCGUGCUGCGAGCGAGCCGCGCCUGGUGCGCGGCGCUGAGAGCCCGGGCGGCGCCGGGCGCACAGACAUUAAGACUCAUCUAUACCACUACAGCAGUGCAGAAGAGAAAUGUUGCAGCCUCAGGACCUGAAAAGUAUACAGAGGCUUUUAUUAAAAACCAGAUUGAAGAGUUCAACCUAGGAAAAAGACAUUUAGCCAACAUGAUGGGGGAAGAUCCAGAAACUUUUACCCAAGAGGAUAUUGAUAAAGCUAUUGCCUACCUCUUUCCCUCUGGCUUAUUUGAGAAAAGGGCCAGGCCUAUAAUGAAGCAUCCCACUGAAAUUUUUCCAAAACAAAGAGCAAUCCAAUGGGGAGAAGAUCACCGUCCAUUUCACUUUCUCUUUUAUACUGGCAAGCAGUCAUUGUAUUCAUUAAUGCAUGAAAUGUAUGGGAAACUGCUAGACAUUCAGAAAUACCAAGACCACUUGAGAGCCCAAGGCUUACUUGCUGAGAACAGAAAACAAAUAAACCUGAUUGGCAGCAGAUGGCUGAUUAAGGAGGAAUUGGAAGAAAUGUUAGUGGAAAAACUGUCAGAUCAUGAUUAUUUGAUGUGUAUUCAGCUGCUAGAAAGAUUAGUGACGUUGCCAUGUUGUGGCAUCGAAGAAGAGUAUGUACUAAAGUUUCGCAAAGAACUAGCUAUACAGUUAAAAAAGGUGAUGAUUGAGCCCCUGCAAUAUGAUGAGCAAGGAGUGGCCUUCAGCACUGGGGAAGGCAAAAGAAAGACUUCGCGAGCAACCGCAGUAGUUUAUGACAAUGGAAGCGGAAAAAUUACCGUGAACAGAGUAGAUUAUUUAUGUUAUUUUCCAGUGAUGCAAGACAGAGAACAGCUAAUGUUCCCAUUCCAGUUCCUUGAUAGACUUGGAAUACAUGAUAUGGUCUGCACUGUCUCUGGUGGAGGGAGGUCCUCACAGGCUGGAGCAAUCCGUUUAGCCUCUGCAAGAGCACUAUGUAGUUUCAUCACUGAAAAUGAAGUGGAAUUUAUGAGGCAAGCUGGACUACUGACAGCUGAUCCACGUAUCAGGGAACGAAAGAAGCCUGGUCAAGAGGGAGCCCGCAGGAAGUUCACCUGGAAAAAACGCUAAGUCUAACUGGAGCAGAUGUUAAAAGUUUUAUGUGUUACAACAGUUUCAAAACAUCAACUGUAUGAUUUCUUUAUAAUCACUGUUGUGUAAAUAUAUCUGGUAAUAAAUUUUUUGUUUCUAA